AGGGGCAUACAGGUCAAUUGACAUUCAGGGUCUCCAGACAGUUGUUUUUUAGAAUAGUUUGUCCAGAAAAGUUAUUCCAAACAGGGCCUAUCCAUAUUCCUCCCUAUCCGCCGCCAUGAACCCUGCCAACAGCGAGGCAGCCGCUGCCGAGAAGGCACGGCACAAGGACAAGAAGCAGAAAAGGAAGAAGCGCAAGGAUGCCAUUGAGGACAACUGUGGCGCAGCAGCAGCUGAGGAAGGCACACCCCACGAGAAGAAGAAGCAAAAGCAGAGGAAGGAUGGAGGUGAGUGGGAGGAGAAGCCAACUGUGAGCAUCGCUGUUGCCGGCUCCAUUAUUGACAACGCCCAAUCCCUCGAGCUCGCCACCAUGCUGGCUGGUCAGAUUGCCCGCACUGCAACCGUCUUCCGCAUAGAUGAGGUCGUCGUCUUUGACAGCACUCCCGCUUCAGAGAAUGGCGGCACAGGUGAUGGUGAAGAGAGUGGCGCACGUUUCCUUGUUCGGAUAUUGGAGUAUCUGGAGACACCGCAGUACCUACGCCGGCGCCUUUUCCCGAUGCACAAGAACCUGAAGUUUGGAUUGUUACCACCACUCGAUGCGCCACACCAUGUGCGCAAGCAUGAAUGGUCUGAGUUUCGUGAAGGUGUAACAUUGGAGGGUGAUCGCUCAAAGGGGACCCUUGUUGAUGUGGGAUUAAACAAGAAUGUUCUAGUUGAGCAAAUACUAGAACCAGGGAAGAGAGUAACUGUAGCCAUGGGAACCAAUCGUGACCUAACAACAGCUUGUGUAAGGAAAGUUGUUCCCCCCUCCACCCCCCAGGGAAGAGAUGGGAUCUUAUUGGGGCUAUAAAGUGCGUUAUGCUUCAAGUUUAAGUGGUGUUUUCAAAAAUUCCCCAUACAAGGUGC